AUCCACCCGGAGGCACCUCACACACACACACUCUCUCUCUCUCCACUGGCUGACGCCGCGACCGCCCCAACCCAACUGCCCUUUUCGGAGAUCUCGCCGCCUCCGCCGUCGACUUCCGUCGCCCCCCUAUCCCGCGUCCGGGCUUACCCGAUGGCACGGCUGCACUGGCUUGAGGCCGUCCUGCCGCUGGGGAUCAUCGGCGGCAUGCUCUGCAUCAUGGGCAACGCCCAGUAUUUCAUCCACAAGGCCGCGCACGGCAGGCCGAAGCACAUCGGGAACGAUAUGUGGGACGUCGCCAUGGAGCGCCGCGACAAGAAGCUCGUGGAACAAUCCUCCGGCAACUAGGGUAUUGAUCAACCUCAAACUUUUCUGGAUGUUGACGAACCUCGUUCAAAAGCACAGAAGUACUGCUCUUUUGUUUCCUGUACAAUUGGAACCAAGACUUGUUUGUUUUGCUUUGAAAUAUCAACAGUUCGGAGAAUAAUCUGUAUCUGACAUCUGUUUAAUUGAACAAAGCCAAAUACUUUGUCAAUUGUGUAUGCACAAUUAUUUCCGCCACCGGGGCAGAUCCAUGAAC